AUGGAAACUUGGAAAAUGCUUCUCUUUCUACUCACCAUUUUUCUCGUUCAAAUGGUCUGUCCCACCAUUUCCCAACUCGACUUCGCAAAAUCCUUAUGUUCAGACGCCGGAAAUUACACCGCCAAUUCCACUUACCGGAAAAAUCUACAAACCUUACUUUCCUCCCUCUCCUCCGAUCCCCGAUUGGUAACUUCCGGCUUUUACAAUCUCUCCGCCGGAGAGGAACCCGACAAAGUCAACGCCGUCGCCCUCUGCCGCGGCGAUCUUUCCGGCGAGAUUUGCAAAACUUGCGUCGAUGACUCCACUCGGCAGAUUCUACAGGUUUGUCCCAAUCAGAAGGCGGCGAUCGUAUGGUACAAUCAGUGCAUGCUUCGGUUCUCCGACGCCGAAAUUUUUGGGGUUAUGAACAAUUUGGAUUCUCAAUCGAUUUUCAACGGGCGGAAGGCGGCGGACCCGAAUCGGUUCCUCGCGGCGGUGACGGAUUUGAUGGACAAGCUGAGAGAAGCGGCGGCGUCGGGGAACUCGACCCUGAAAUUUGCGACGGGAGAGAUUCCGGCGAGCAACGAAACUGUGUACGCGCUAGUGCAGUGCACUCCCGACUUGUCGUCAGCGGAUUGCGACACGUGUCUCCGUCAACGUGCGGCGCUGAUAUCUGAGGCCAGCAUUGGAGUGAGAAUAUUCACGGCUAGUUGUGUUUUGAGAUACGAGAAUUAUAUUUUCUUUACUCCGCCGGAUAAUGCCACUCUCUCCCCAUCUCCGCUGCCAACUCCGCCGCCACCUCCACCGCCGACUACAGGAAGCAAUGGCAAAGGCAACAAAACUACUACCAUCGUAAUCAUCGUUGCAUCAAUCAUUUCUGCAGUCAUUCUCAUUAUUGGCAUUUACUUCAUUUUGCGAAUGAAAAACCGAAAACACAAAAGUUCACCCGGAGAAGUUGAAAGUGCUGCCUUCCACGAAGAAACCGAUGAAAUUAGCAGCAUGGAGACGAUUCAAUUUGAUUUCGACACAAUCAAAGUAGCAACUAAUGAGUUCUCAGAUGAAAAUAAGGUCGGAGAAGGUGGAUUUGGAGUCGUUUACAAGGGAAGCUUAUCCAAUGGACAAAACAUAGCAGUGAAGAGACUUUCAAGGGAUUCAGGCCAAGGAGGUGUGGAGUUCAAAAAUGAAGUCCUUGUGAUGGCCAAACUUCAACACAGGAACUUAGUCAGGCUGCUAGGGUUUUGCUUGGAGGGAAAUGAAAGACUUCUCAUCUAUGAGUUUCUACCAAAUUCCAGCCUUGAUCACUUCAUAUUUGAUGUUGUCAAACGGGCACUUUUGGAUUGGGAAAGACGGUACAAAAUUAUAAGUGGUAUUGCUCGAGGACUGCUAUACCUCCACGAAGAUUCUCGGAUUCGAAUAAUUCAUCGUGAUCUUAAAGCCAGUAAUAUUUUGUUGGAUGGGGAAAUGAAUUCUAAAAUUUCAGACUUUGGCAUGGCAAGAUUAUUUGAAUUGGAUGAGACUCGAGGUCAAACAAACAGAAUUGUGGGAACUUAUGGGUACAUGGCUCCAGAGUAUGCAUACCAUGGACAAUUCUCUAUAAAAUCAGAUGUGUUUAGCUUUGGUGUUCUGAUUCUUGAGAUUAUAAGCGGCCAGAAAAACAAUUCUUUCUGCAUCGAUGAGAAUGCGGAAGAUCUUUUAAGCUUUGCAUGGAAAAAUUGGAGGGAGGGAACACCUGAGAAUGUCAUAGACGCCAUACUUAGUUCAGGUCGAACGACCGAAAUGAUAAGAUGUAUUCAUAUCGGAUUAUUAUGUGUUCAAGAGAAUCCAGCAGAUCGACCAACAAUGGCUUCAAUUAUUCUAAUGUUUAAUAGCUUUUCUCUCACUCUCUCCGUACCCUCCCGACCUGCAUUCUUUCUGCAUAGCAACAACAUCUCGUCAAGUGCAGAUCAUUCCCAAACUGCUCCUCUUCAAGCUUCACAAAAUGGAGCUUCCAUUACUGAUCUUUAUCCUCGCUAGCUCUCGAUCUGAAACUUCAUGGUUACAUAUUCAUCUCUUCUGGAAAAAGAAAAUUCGAAACAUCAGCCAAGUUUAAGAUAUAUUUUCGCCAUGGCAGGAUUCUAUCAAAGAUAUUGCAGGGAGAAGACAAUGGCUCCUUCAAGUUGCGGCUGCGAGGUUGUUGAUUUUAUAAAUUUGAGAUCCGGCCGGUGAACUUUCGUUAAUUAUAUUAUUUUUA